GAAAAAGAAAGAUGGUUGUCAUUAUGUUAGCAACACCAGCAUCUCUUCUUACUUCUUCUUGGUCUCACUGAAGCAAAGCUGUCAUGGAAAGGCAACUGAGUCCUGAGCAGGAUGCCCUGGAGCACAUAGUUAAUUGGAGGGACAAACCGUUCCUGGAAGAACGGUUCAUAGACUCCUUGAAAGGUAGAGGUGUGUUCACCCUCAAACCCAUUGAACCAUCCACGUUUGUUGUUGAAUAUCGUGGCAACAUCUUUUCACACAAAGACACAAGGCCUGAGAACGGACAUGGCGACUCUUUGAACGGUUUCUCGUAUAGGUUUUCGUGGAAUGGAGCACAAUGGUGUGUCGAUGCUUCGAAGGAGGACAGAUCCCUCGGAAGACUUGUGAAUGAUGAUCACAUGAGUCCAAACUGUGAAAUGAAGAAGAUUAUUUGUCAGGGGAAGCCACACUUGUGUCUAUUUGCAGUGGAGAAAAUAUCACCAGGCGAAGAGAUAACUUUCAACUAUGGGGACUUCUCUUACCCCUGGCGGCCCAGGGAGUCCUGUGAUGGACCAAGUACUUCAAACACAGACUUUUAUCCAACAUCGUCCACUCCACGGAAUAAAAGAGUUGCGGACUCUGCAGCUUCCAGCCCUGAGAGAUCUUGCUCUGAUGAUGACAACGAACUACCUGGACCCAGUAACGAUGACCACAGCUCUGCCAACAUCGACAGUUGUGCUUCAUCCAACGAGUGGGAUGUUGAGUUCUGAGUUCUUUGAGCUCUGAUGAAUGUGACUCUGAUGAAGACUACGUACUGCCUGGCUCUCGGCCUAAAGAUAAAGGCACACCUCUCACUGGUAGAAAUUAUUGUUUUGUUUGCGGGAAAGGUGUCUAUAAAAUUGGCCGCCAUUUCUUGAAACAUAUGGAUGACGUGCCUGAGAUUGCUGAAACCUUUGCAUUUCCAGCAAAGUCCCCCGAACGUAAAAGGCUGCUGAACAUAUUACGAAACAGAGGAAAUUACGAACACAAUCAAGAGGUGAUGAGGAAUAACAGUGGAGAGUUAAAACUGAUGAGACGACCAGAUGCUAAGCUGAGGAUCAGAGCUUCAUCCACCCAACAGGAGCAUGAAUCUUCUUUGAGCUCUGAUGAACACGACUCCGAUGGAAACUGCGAAUCUGAUGCACAGGAUCAAGACCCGACUUUCACCAGUAAAAAUUACUGUUAUGUUUGCGGGAAAGGCGUCCAUAAAAUCGCUCGUCAUUUUUUAACUCACAUUGAUGAUGAGCCUGAGAUUGCUGAAGCCUGUUCGUUACCCGUCAGGUCCCCUGAACGCAGCAGGCUGCUUGACAGACUGCGAAACAGAGGGAAUUAUGAACACAAUCAAGAGGUGAUGAGGAAUAACACCGGAGAGUUAAAACUGAAGAAACGACCAAACGCCGCGAUGGCGAGCGUUGAAAAGUAUGGGCACUGCCCGCAUUGUAAAGGCAUGUUUAACCGCGUCGACCUGUGGAGGCACGUGCCCAGGUGUGGUCAGAAAAUGUCUGCAACAUGUGGCAAGACAGGAGUUUUAAACGAGGUUUCUCUCGGGUCUCGGUGCCCGCAAAAAUCCUCCGGGGUGUGGCAGAUGCUUUUAAGCAUGAGACAAGAUAAUGUCGCGCUCGUAGUUCAGAACGAUGGCCUCCUCAUGCAGCUGGCGCAAAGUCUGUACGAGAAGCAUGGAAACAAUCCGACAAAACAAGAGUACAGCAGGCAGAAACUGAGAGAAAUGGGAAGACUCUUGUUAACGCUGCAUGAAAAGUUGAUAUUUAGCUCUGAGGACGCCAUGAAACUCAAAAACUUCUCCAGUGUCGUCGACGCGGUAAAAAAGAUUGCGUGUUUUGACAGAGAAAACAAAAGCUACAGGAAGCCAAAUCUCGCUCUGAGGUUAGGGUAUUCACUCAAAGCAUUAGGCAACAUCGUCAUCAGUGGAGCAGACAGCAGCGCGAAGAUGGUCAGCGACGCGAAGAAAUUCAUGGUGUUGUGCGAUGAAGAGUGGACUGAGCUGAGUGGACAAAAAGCGAAGGGUCCUGCAACGAUACCGUUCACACGCGACGUUCAGGCUUUCUACAGGUACCUGGAGAAGGAAUCAACUUCUGCCACCGAAAGCAUGAAGACGAGCGAAAACCCUCAGGUCUACAAGAUUCUGUGCAGAGCGACACUUGCACAAGCGUGCGUUUUAAACCGAUGUCCAUUGGAGGUUUCCAGAAUGACCCUGAAGUCUUUUCAGGAGAGAGACGACACCACCCGAGUGCUGUCCAAGCACUUCAUCAGGAUAAAUAUUGCGAAGAAGACCGGCCAGAGCGUCGCCGUCCUGUUAACUUCUCAACUUGUCGCUGCGUUGACGCUGCUUGUGAGCAAGAGGCUGAUCUGUGGAGUACACGAAGACAACCCUUUCCUGUUCGCGAAGCCCAACAUGUCUUCCACAAGCCUCUGCAACGGAGGGAACUGUGUCAGGGACUUUUCAAGCCUGUGUUGUGCACAGAACCCGGAGUAUCUCAGGUCAAUGAAUCUUCACAAGCACAUGGCAAGAAUCUUCCAGAUCCUCAACCUGGAGAACGACGAGCUCGACCACCUCGCCAAGCUACUGGGCCACGGCAUCCGGACGGACAGGGACUAUUACCGGCUGCCAGAGGCGGCGGUUGAACUUGCCAAAAUUGCUAAACUGCUGGUGGCAAUGGAGAAGGGUUCUCUGGAAGGAUUCAAGGGGAACUCCCUGGAUGAAAUUGAGAUUGAAGAUGAGUUGGAGCUUGAUCUAGAGAAGGGCAACGCCGAAAACAUAGAUGCCGAAGACAACACUGAGGAGUCAGAUCGCACUCAACGGAGUGGUGAUGUGAGGCAACAAGGCAGACGUCUGACUCCUCAGCAGGAUGCGCUGGAGCACAUAAAAGCUCGUAGAGACAAACAUUUCCUGGAGGAAAAGUUUAUCGACUCUCUUAAAGGGAAAGGUGUGUUCACCCGUCAAUCCAUCGAACCAUCCACGUUUGUUGUUGAGUAUCGGGGAAAUAUCCUUACUCACAAAGAAAUGCAGAAAUGUGGAGAUACUUCAGACGAAAUUAUGUUUGACUUCAGGUGGAAAGGAACAAAUUGGUGCAUUGACGCUUCAGCAGAAGACGGGAGCCUCGGGAGACUCGUGAAUGAGGAUCACACAAAUCCCAACUGUGAAAUGAAGAAAAUAGUUUACAAGGGGAGGCCUCACCUGUGCUUGUUUGCGCUGAAGAAAAUCUCUCCAGACGAGGAGAUAACCUUCAUCUACAAGGAGUCCAGGGUCAAGGACUCAGCAGAAGCCUCCAGUUGUGCAGAGUCUGACUCUGAUGAGGAUUAUGUGUGUGAUGAUCAACCAAACAGCAAUGACGGUUUCAUCAGUGACAACAACCAGAAUGAACAGGAUUUCAAAGCGUCGUCCAACCAGCAGGAGGACAAGUCUGACCACAGCUCUGAUUUUGAAUCUGAUUCCGACGAGGAGUCCACCAAAGGCUGUACCUUCACAAAAAAAAACUAUUGUUACGUUUGUGGCAGGGCUCAAUCAAAGAUCUCUCGUCACCUUCUGACCCACAGAGGCGAGGAGCCGGACAUUGCUCAAGUGCUAAAGUUACGCCGAAACAGCAAGGAGCGAAAAAUCCUACUGGAGAAGUUACGAAACAGAGGAAAUUACAAACAUAAUCAAGAGGUGUUGAGGACUCGCUCUGGGGAACUUAAAGUCCGAAGGACGUCAGAAAUGAUUAAAACCUUUGCAACUUGUAUAUACUGUAAAGCCAUGUACGGUCGCAAAGAGUUAUGGCGACACAUGCAGAAGUGUCCUUCAAAGAGGUUCUCAAACCCUCCAGCAGGUGGCAGGACUCAAAUCUUAACUUUGAUCGCCGCCACGGGGCUAACAGAUCCCGAUCAGCUCUCGCCGGGCGUGAGGAACAUGCUGAAGAAACUGAAGAAAGAUGAGAUCGGGUCCGUGGUUUGGGAAGACCCUUAUAUAUUGCAGCUGGCACAGUGUUUGUACUACAUCAAUGAAGAGAAACAAAGGGAUUCGUACAUCAAUCAGAGCCUGAGGCAGAUGGCAAGGCUCCUGAUGACGCUAAGAAAAAAGUCGAUAGGCAGCUUCGAGGAAGCCAUCAAACCUUCGAACUUCAGCAGCGUCGUUGAAGCCGUCAGGGAGCUCGCAGGUUUCAAUCAGGAGACAAAGGUCUGCGACAAGCGGACCGUCAUCUGGAAAAUGGGAUAUCUGGUGAAGAAGAUUGCGGACAUUAAAUACGGCAGGACUUUGAAAGACGAGAAGGCUGAUCAAGGAGACCAUACAGGCGGCCGAGACGUUCGUGAAGCUGUGUGCGAAAGAGUGGCCCACCAACACGCCGGCGCAACUCAAAAUAGCCAGACCCCCGACCAUAUUGUUCACGCAAGACGUGCAGCUUUUACACCAGUGCGUGGUGAAAACCGUGGCUUCUGCAGUCCAGAGUCUGACCUUGUAUCAAAGUGCCCCAGUCUACAACGCGCUUCUCAGACCGACGCUUGCGUACGUGACGAUAUUGAACAGAAAUGUGAAAGAGCUCUCUAA